AUGACUUCAGAUGACAAGAAAACUUUUGGAGGCUUCUCCUCCUCCGUGUCCUCCUUGUCCUCCUUGUCCUCCGUGUCCUCCGUGUCCUCCUUGUCCUCCGUGUCCUCCGUGUCCUCCUUGUCCUCCGUGUCCUCCGGGUCCUCCGUGUCCUCCGGGCCCCUGAGCGCGGCCCCCGGCUCUGUGCGCCCCGCUAUGGGCUCCUCUGUGGCCCUGAAGCAGCCGCUGUGUCUGGCGGACAUCAUCACCUCGGACAUCCUGCACAGCUUCCUGUACGGCCGCUGGAGGCACGUGCUGGGCGACCACCACCAGCACGCGCAUCACCUGCAGCACGAGGAGCGCACCGCCCCGAGCGCGAGCCCCAAGACCGCGUUCACCGCCGAGGUGCUCGCGCAGUCCUUCUCCGGAGAGGUGCAGAAGUUGUCCAGCCUGGUUUUACCCAGUGAGGUGAUCAUCGCCCAGAGUUCAGUCCCAGGUGAAGGUCUGGGUAUUUUCUCUAAAACGUGGAUUAAAGCUGGAACAGAAAUGGGUCCAUUCACCGGACGUUUAAUUUCACCUGAACACGUCGACCUGUACAAGAACAACAACCUCAUGUGGGAGGUGUUUAACGAGGACGGGUCGGUCCGGUAUUUCAUCGACGCCAGUCAGGAGGACCAGAGGAGCUGGAUGACGUACAUCAAGUGUGCGAGGAACGAGCAGGAGCAGAACCUGGAGGUGGUUCAGAUCGGCAGCAGCAUCUUCUACAAGGCCGUGGAGACGAUCCCUCCGGACCAGGAGCUGCUCGUCUGGUACGGAAACUCCCACAACACCUUCCUGGGAAUCCCUGGAAUCCCCGGACUCGACGACGAGCAGAGCAAGAAGAGCAAGAACGAUGAGUUCCACACCUGUGAGGGCUCCUCCUCUCUCCUCCUCUCCUCCUCCUCCUCCUCCUCCUCCUCCUCCUCUGCUGUGGGCCGCAUGCGCUGCGUCAUCUGUCAUCGUGGCUUCAACUCCCGCAGCAACCUGCGCUCCCACAUGCGGAUCCACACUCUGGACAAACCCUUCGUGUGCCGCUUCUGUAACCGUCGCUUCAGCCAGUCGUCCACGCUGAGGAACCACGUCCGGCUCCACACCGGGGAGCGGCCCUACAAGUGCCACGUCUGCCAGUCGGCCUACUCCCAGCUGGCCGGCCUGAGGGCGCACCAGAAGAGCGCCCGGCACCGGCCCACCGGGGAGGCCGGGGCCCCGGGGGGGGCGGUGGGGGGGGGAGGGGGAGUACACUCACCUCCUCACCCUCCGCAGCUGAGCGCCAUAACUCACCCUGCAUCACUGGUCCAUCAUAUACCCACCAUGGUGCUGUGAUUACACACAUAUACACACAUAUAUACAAACACACACAUGUGAAGACUUGUGUUACAGUUGCAUGAUGAGUUCGUAUCUAAUGUAUCUAUGAGAUGAUGAUGUUGUGCUUUGGUUUGCAUGCUAACUCUGUUCCAGGUUGUAAUGUGUGUGUUGAACACAAGGAGGCGCUACAUUCUCUGAGGCUCCUUCAGAACAAUCAGAGUUUCUGAUCGAUGGUCCUGCUGGUCAGUUUUACACGUUUGUUCCUAAUGCUAACAGCUGUUAGCAGUCUGCGCACUAACUUAGCUCGGAUCAUACUUGCAGAGAGACGUAACAAAUGUAUUAUUUAAACAGAGGUGGCUCAGGAGGUAAAGUGGGUCGUCCACUUUUAGGAAGGUCGGUGGUUGGAUCUCCUCCAGUCACAACUCAACAACAGAGUUGGUCGACACUUACGAACUUUUUAGCACCAAAUCAUAUACAUGGAAGCUCAGACGUGAUGUGAACGCAACAUGAUACAAACUCAAAGUAGUUCAUGUUAGCUUGACUGAUUAGCAUUAGCAUUUACCAUGUUCAGUGAUCAUCUUAGUUGAUGAUAUCUUUAAGACUUGGGCUGCUUUCGUAGCAUUAUGCUAACAUAUUAGCAUCUCCACAGUGUUUCAAUGACUUCCUCUUUAACGAGCGUCACUUAGAUUCCACAGAGCCUGAAACUCAAUAUGUUUGAUGUUUAUUGUUAAUAUUGUAACAGGUUGAUAUGUGUCAGCUGACUCCUACGAGAAAAUAUUGGAAUCUACGUUUCUAAUUUCUGUAAAUGUUCCUCUUUGAUUUUUUAGUUGAUUUCUGUAUAAAUAUGUUGUUAAAUAAUCAAACUGAGAAUAGAACUGAAGACGUAAUGUGAUGUAAAUAAUAAACAUGAGAUGUGCUUUAUGCCCAGAAUUUAAUUCAACUGUCACUUUAUCUCUGUAUAUGUAUAUGUACAAGGUCAUAUAUGACACGUGUAUCAGUAUAUGAAGUAUACUAUGUUAACUUCUAUAAAGAACAAUGUAUUUGAGC